AGUUAAUACAAUGUGCAAGUCAAUUUCCCUCUCGGUGGCCUUCCUCUUCGCCUUGUGCGUUGUGGCAUCUUCAAGCUCGUCCCCUUCGAUGCGCCUGUGCAGCGUACAUCUUAACGAUAUGUUGAGCAAACUGUGUAGUGCCACAGGAUACAAUCGAAUCAUCCAUAAGCGCGGCUCACCCCUCAUGGACAUGGACCCUCUCGAUCCCAUUCAAUAUAUUGAGGAGAAGGAGUCUUCCUCUGACGAGCUGCUUCCAUAUCCCUUAACAAAUGGACGCCUGCGCAACAUCUACCAGGACAACAUCAUCAACUCCUUAACCUCUACCCGACGACGCACUCGCCAGGGAAUUGUUGACGAAUGCUGCAAAAGGAGUUGCGACAUAAAUGAACUCACCAACUACUGUGCCGCCUAAGUCCUGAAUUUGUAGAACCUUCGAAUUGUUACCCCUGAUAUUGUAUUUACAUGACGCAAACCCACAAGUUGUAUUUAAAUUAUAAAUGCUUUUAAUAAAAGUCAAGCUGCAUACACGAA